AUGUCCUGUCCCAGAUGUAUACAGGGCUUCAUUUUACCCGGUGAGCCUACCGGUACCAUCCAACCCGAUUUCCACUAUGCCUACCUCGCGCCAGCGCCGAAUGGGGAGCCUUCGAAGCGCGCUGUACUUCUCUUCACGGAUGUUUUUGGGUUGCUCCUACAGAAUCCCAAAAUAAUGGCGGACACUAUGGCGAAGGAGUUGGGGUGCGAUGUUUGGGUGCCGGACUACUUCAGGGGCAGGCCCCCUAUGUCCCUAACCUCGAUGACCCCUGAUCGUGCUGGGGUCAAAAUGACGUUGUGGGACUGGGUCAAGUUUGCAGGGAUCGCAUUUCGAAACCUUCCUGCGCUUAUUGCUUCACGGCCUGCCGUGGUUGACAAGCGUCUCGCUUCUGUGAACUCUUUCUUUGCGCUUUUGAAAGAGAAGAAAAUAUAUGAGAAAAUAGGUGCUGUUGGGUAUUGCUUCGGUGGCGCGACCGCCGCACGCAUGGGAAGCAACAAUUAUCUAAACAGUAUUGUUAUCGCCCACCCGGCGCCUAUCAGCGAUAGUGUUCUCAAAUCUAUUUCGAUACCUACGGCAUGGGCCUGUGCGGAAGAUGAUAUGUUCUUUCCUGAAAUGAAACGCAACAAAGCGGAAGCAGUGUUCGCAGCAAGAAAAGACACAGAUACGUUCGUGGAUUAUGAGUUCAAGGUCUACAAAGGUGUGCAAUUGUUGGCGUUGGUGGUUCUGAGGUUAUCUCAAAUGGUGAUUAUAGGAACGGCUCAUGGCUUCGCUUCUCGGCCCAACCUGGAGCUCCCAGAAAUAAAGGCUGCUCAUGAGCAGGCCUUGGAACAGACUAUUGCGUGGUUCCAGAAGACGUUAAUUCUAUCGGAGCCUGUUCAAGAAAUUACGGAGGGUUGA